AUGCAAUCGUGCUUCGGUUCAGGUCCUUUAAAUUUCGGCAUACUCGAUAUCAUACCCGUCGCAGGCUGCGAGUUACUAAGCCUACCAGCCACAGCCAAGAUCAGUCCUGAAAAGAUCAAAUCAAUAUUGGAGGUAUUCCUCCUAUGUCUUGCAGGUUAUAUCCUUGCUAGGAGGGGCGUUCUGGACCGAGCGACACAAAAGCAACUAAACAGGCUCAAUGUAUCCCUAUUCACGCCAUCUCUUCUAUUCUCCAAAGUUGCCUUCUUCCUUUCACCAUCGAAGCUCAGAGAGCUAUGGAUCAUACCAAUAUUCUUCGUGGUCACAACGGCAAUAUCGAUGACUGUGGCAUGGGUGCUGGGGUUCACCUUCCGUCUUAAACGUUCCCAGAGGAGUUUCGCUGUGGCGGCUGCCAUGUUCAUGAAUUCGAACUCGUUGCCCAUCGCCCUUAUGCAGAGUCUGGUUAUCACCGUUCCGGGACUCAAAUGGGGCGAUGACGACAACGAGGACGCCAUGGUUGGGCGAGCCCUCACCUACCUCGUACUUUAUUCGACUCUUGGCAUGGUGGUCCGUUGGAGCUAUGGAGUACGCCUGCUAUCACAAGCAGAUCCAGAAACUGCCCCUGAGCCUGAGGCAGGCGGACGUGAGAGCCCCCUGCUAGCCCAAGAAGAGACGGCAUUCCCACCCUCGUCCGAGGAGUACCGUAUCUUGCAUCGAGACCAGGUCCAGUCCGAUGAUUCGAACAGUCGGACCGACGUUGAGAACCCAAGCAUCCGUGUGGAAGAUGCCGACAGAACGGGCUCGAACCGUCAAUUCUUCUACUCCUUCCCGAACUCUCCGUACAGCAAGUCGCGUGCUUCCGUCUCGUCUGAGGAUCAAACAGAGGUGGACGGUGACGACGUCCUCGAGUUCUCUGGCAGACGGCAUGUCACGGAGCCCACUUCCUCUGUCUGGCAAUCACGGCGGCGGCGCAUGUGGCGGCGCAUCGCCAAGACUUGGAAGUCUUUAUAUGGAUUCAUGACCGUGCCGCUCUGGGCCGCUCUGCUUUCGCUUAUCGUCGCCUGCGUUCCGCCGCUCCAGCACACGCUCGAGGAACACGUGCAGCCUAUCAAGGGCGCGCUGUCCCAGGCCGGCAACUGCUCCAUCCCGCUGACGCUCGUCGUCCUUGGCGCGUACUUCUACAGCCCGCCAGACCCUCAGGAGGCCCGCCGCCGUGCCGCCCUUCCUCAGCAUGGUGGCGGGCGCGGGCGCAGUGCUAGCACGACCUGGUCGCAGCUCUCGUUGGUCGACAACGUCCGGGAAAUGUUCAAAAUGAACAAGCGCUCUCCGAGCGAGGGCCCGUCUUCGAAGCCAGAGAAGCGUCCGGGAGAGACGAAGACGGUUGUCAUCGCGGUGCUGUCUCGUAUGAUCAUUACGCCUCUGCUGUUGCUGCCGGUUCUGGCGCUUUCGACGAGGUUCAACCUGCAGAAGGUUUUCGACGACCCCGUGUUCGUCGUCUCGAAUGUCCUUCUCAUUGCAUCUCCCCCAGCUCUUACGCUUGCUCAAAUCACACAGGCAGCCUCCGGCGACGCCUUCGAACGUCUGAUCAGCCGCACAAUCUUCUGGUCAUAUUGCGUUAUCACCCCGCCCUCGACAAUCCUUAUCGUGGUCAUCGGGCUACUCCUUUCGAAGCUCUAGGUGGCCAGAUCUUGUCGUCUCAUCUUGUGGUGUCAUCCCGGGUUUGUGGCCUUGGUCUCGUCAUACAUACCAUCUUUCUCGCUUCUCCACACAUCCUGCCCGUCUCCUAUCACACACGACACAUAACAUACCUCACAUCCUGAUAGAUUAAUUCUGCUAAGUAGGAUAGCAAUGCACGUUACCAUCAUACCCCGAACUGGACAGUGCGUCGGCGUCCUCGCAUCGGAAUCUCGGUACCGGAGCGCCCAAUCGCAGUCGGGAUGAACGCUCGAUCCACCUCAUCUCCGCAUACUGUAAGGCGGGUGCUCGAUGCCAUAUCAAACUUGGUGAAAUCGCUGCUGGGCCUGAUAUCCAAGCGUGCAG